CCUAGACAGGUCGAGGGAAAUUUAAGUCAAUAAAUAAAUAACUUUUAAAAAAGGCUGGGGGGAAAAUCCCUGGAAGGAAAAUUCCCCGGGAAAUUGCUAUUCGAUGGAGUGUGCAGCUGAGCUGGGCUUGUGGGAAGAAGAUCGAGCCGUCUGGAUUGAUUUUAACUGUUUGCUUAAUAACUCACCAGGUGAAGAAGAGAAACUUAUUUGAGCCCAUGGGCUCAAGUCAUUAGAUCUAUUUGGGGAGGAAAAUAGCUUUAUAUUUGAAUGAGAAGGUAACGGCAUCAGAUACCGGGCAGGAGUUAAAGUCGGGGGGCAAUGGCUCUGAUCAGCUUGUUGGAAUUGGCUGAUCUCUCCAUAGGGACGCCGGAGAUCGGGGUGGUCAAUUUUAAUGCCCUCCACACUUUGCUCCAUGCCAUCAUUAAACAACUCAACCUGCAGGAUGUCAAAGCCGAGAUGCAUGAGGAGAAACCCAAGCCCCCGGAACCUGUGCCUCUGCAGGAGAAAGAGGAGAAGGGCAAGCGCGAUGAGUCAGAAGACUUGCCCUAUGCUGACUUAGAGAAGAAGGUCAUUGGGGUAGCGGCUCAGGUGCAUGGCGUGGAGGCCAAGGUGGUUGGGAUGGCGGCUCAAGUGCAUGGAGUGGAGGCUCAGGUGCAUGGGGUGAAGUCUCAGGUCCAUGGAAUAGGGGAACAGGUUCAAGGUCUUGAGAAGCAAAUGGCUGCCCUAGAAAAAUUGCCUUCUGGAACAGACUUGCUGGAGAGGACCAAGAGUGGCUCUCCGAAUGGAUCUGCUGUGGCUGACAUGUGGCAAAUGAUGCAGAUGAAGAAAAAGAUAGAAGCUAAUGAGAAUGGCAUCUCCAAGGCCAUGGCUCUGUUCCAGGAUCUGCUGAAUGAGGUCAAUGGCGUGAAGACGGCUAAUUUCCAUAUGAACGAGGGCCUUGAAAACAUCAAGGAGAAACUUGACUUGAAUUUACAACUAGAUACCCAGGAAAUUGGCAAUCAACUGCAGACUUGCAUCGCUGAUCAGAAGAACUUGGAUAAUGAUGUGAGGAACCUAGAGCGAAGGCUAAACCUCUAUCCUUCCCCCGAAGAAAUGUAUAACAUGGUGCGCUGGGAAGUUCUGGAGGACUGUCUUGUGACAGGCAAAGGCAAGAGCCCACCCACUGAAGCCCAGUCUGUGGAGCCCAGCCUAAGCCAGCCCUCUCCAGCUUCAGUUAUGGACACCCAAGCCAGAAAACCCUCUGCAACCUGGGCAGGGGCUCCAGGGAGUCAGUCUGGCUCUCCCAGCAGCAGACCUGGUACUCCAGGGGUGCAGGCCGGGACCAGGGCAGGCAUGCCAGCGGUCCAGCCAGCAGCCCGGACAGGCACUCCAGGAACCAGGACAGGCACACCAGAAUCCCAAGCAAUCACUCCAGCAGCUCAGCCAGGGGCCCAGCCAGGCUCCCCCAGGGCCCAGCUAGGGGCCCAGCCAGGCUCCCCCAGGGCCCAGCCAGGGACCCAGCCAGGCUCCCCUGGGGCCCAGCCAGGAGUCCAGCCAGGGGCCCAGCCAGGCUCCCCCAGGACCCAGCCAGGCUCCCCCAGGACCCAGCCAGGGGCCCAGGCAGGCUUCCCCGGGGCCCAGCCAGGAGCCCAGGCAGGCUUCCCCGGGGCCCAGCCAGGGGCCCAGGCAGGCUUCCCCGGGGCCCAGCCAGGGGCCCAGGCAGGCUUCCCCGGGGCCCAGCCAGGGGCCCAGGCAGGCUUCCCAGGGGCCCAGGCAGGCUCUCCCGGGGCCCAGCCAGGAGCCCAACCAGGCUUCCCCGGGGCCCAGCCAGGCUCCCACGGGGUCCAGCCAGGGGCCCAGCCAGGCUUCCCCGGGGCCCAGCCAGGAGCCCAGGCAGGCUUCCCAGGAGCCCAGCCAGGCUUCCCCGGGGCCCAGCCAGGGGCCCAACCAGGCUUCCCCGGGGCCCAGCCAGGAGCCCAGCCAGGCUUCCCAGGGGCCCAGCCAGGCUUCCCCGGGGCCCAGCCAGGGGCCCAACCAGGCUUCCCCGGGGCCCAGCCAGGCUUCCCCGGGGUCCAGCCAGGGGCCCAGCCAGGCUUCCCCGGGGCCCAGCCAGGAGCCCAGCCAGGCUUCCCCGGGGCCCAGCCAGGAGCCCAGCCAGGCUUCCCAGGGGCCCAGCCAGGAGCCCAGCCAGGCUUCCCAGGGGCCCAGCCAGGCUUCCCAGGGGCCCAGCCAGGUUUCCCCGGGGCCCAGCCAGGCUUCCCCGGGGCCCAGCCAGGAGCCCAGCCAGGCUUCCUUGGGGCCCAGCCAGGCUUCCCAGGGGCACAGGCAGGCUCCGCCGGGGCACAGGCAGGUGCUCCAGGAUUCCAGCCGAGCUUCCCUGGCACCUGGCCCAGUUCCCCAGCAACCCAGGUGGGGCUUCCUGGAGUCUGGCCUGGAGCUCCAGGGACCCAGGCAGGCUACCUUGGGACCCCAGCAGACACUUCAGCAUUCCAGCCCACAUCACCUACAGCAGGUCCCCCGGCUCUAGCAGCCCAGCUCGCAAUUCCACCUGGACCUUACUCUGCCGUUACAUCCCCGGCGUCACCUUUACAAGAGAAGGACAAACGCCUACCCUCAUCCACGCCGCGAGAGUCCUCCGGGUCCAGCAGCGCCUCCAGCCGCUACUCGGAUACUGUGGAAGCGCUGCGCCAGAUCGGGCAGCUCACCGACCUCUACACCACCUUGCAGGAGCAGAUAAACCACCUGGAGCAAUUCAAGUGUAGCCACGCCGACCUCGACAAGCUGCGACAAUUCCUCUCGGAUGCAGUCCCUAAGAACCUCUCCAGCAUGCCUGCUGACCUCAUGGAGCAGCUGUCAUCCCUGAAGGCCACGGCAGAAGACAUGAAAGAUGUAAAGGCCAAGGACGAAGAGCUGCUGAGUCGCAUCCAAAACACCAUCCUCCAGGUGCAAGGAGACUGUGAGAAUCUCAAUGCCACCACAGGGAACCUCGUAGAAGACCAUCGGCAGAAGCAGAAAGAUAUCUCUCUUCUCUUCCAGUCACUGGAGAAGUUGGAAAAGGAGAAAGCAGACAAGGAGCAUCUGGAGACAGAAAUUGACGUGAAAGCAGACAAGAUCGCCCUGGCUGGCAAAGUCAGCCGCACACAGUUUGAUGCCACCACGGAGCAGCUGAAUAAGAUGAUGCAGGAUCUGGUGAACAAGAUGAGCGGGCAGGAGCAGGACUGGCACAAAGUGCUCGACAAAAUCUUGGUGGAGAUGGACUCCAAGCUGGACCGCCUGGAAUUAGAUCCCUUCAGACAGCAGCUGGAAGAGCGUUGGAAGGCCAUCCGGAAACAGCUGAAGGAGAGCUCUCCGCAGUACGAAGCGGACGAUGCUGCUGGAAUUAGGAAAAGACUGAUGGCUCAUUUCCACUGCAUUUCCUGCGACAGGCCUCUGGAAAUGGUGGUGCCUGGCCCGACCAUCAUGACCGUCCCCUCUGUGCCGGGGUUACCAUCCCACCGCUCCAUCCGGCCCUACACCGUUUACGAACUGGAGCAAGUCAGGCAGCACACCCGCAGUGACAAGAUGGCGGAGAUGGCGGAAUACGGUUACCUGUCCAUGCCUCGGCGCUGCGGCGGCAGCCACACCCUCACCUACCCCUACAGGCGCUACACACGGCUGCAGCAAAUCGCCCAAUGUAUGCCAGUGCAUCCCGAGGAGACUGCCAUGCUGACAGUGAUGAAGCAUGAAGAGGUGGAUAUCCUGGGCCUGGAUGGACACAUCUACAAAGGGCGGAUGGACACUCGGCUCCCAUCAAUUUCAGCCAAGGAUGGUCCUUUGAAGUCCAAACCCAAGCUCUCCCGGUCUUCAUCACAACGGCAGCCGACCCUGAUGGACACAGCUGGCCUCCCGGCACGCCCGCACAGCGCCAAACUGUCUUCCCCCAGCAAUUCAGGUACAGCUAGGUCGCUAAAGGACAGGCCCGUGUCAUCGGAGGGUCGACUGUCCCGAGUGGACCUGACCCAUCUAUCAACUUCAACACCUCCCCCUGAGGAGGGAAGAGAGGAUUCUCCCACGCAGGAGAAAGAAACCCUAGAGCUUCAGCUGGACCUUUCCAUGCGCCGGCGAUCGGCUGAGCAGCCGGCUCCGUUACAGUGACUGCGAUGGCAGGAAAGCAGCGCUCGCUGACGGAAGCCAGGCAAUAAAGAGUGAGCAGAACAGAGAGGAGGCUGUGUACAUGCAUCGCGGCGAUAGGAACAGGGAGCUUUUUGUGCGGUGCUUGCAGCAAACAGGACCCAGGGCGGUUCCACGCAGCAGCACUGGUAGAAGGCGGAGGUGGGCAGCACGGUCAGUCGUGAAAACAAUUCGUCCCUGGCCUUUGCAAAUCCUCCCCUCACUGCUGCUAGCUUUGCCCGAGUAGAUUUUGCAAAUACCAGAUCUUCUGCAUAAGCCAGUUUGACACCGGCUCAUUUCAACCCCGGGGAUCUUGCACUGUCCUUUGUCUCACAGAGCCCGACGCACCUCAUGUGCACAAAGGGGAGUCUUUGAAACCGGACUAUUGGUGACUUGUUUGAGUGAAAAGCACCAGAGCAGAAUGCAGCCCAAAGUUCUCCCCCACGUAGGGAGAUCAGAUGUCCAGAUUUUAUAGGGACAGUCCCGAUUUUUGGGUCUUUUUCUUAUAUAGGCUCCUAUUACCCCCAUCCCGUCCCAGUUUUUCACACUUGCUGUCUGGUCACCCUACCCCCACGGCCCACCCACUGUCCUCCUCGGUGGAGAGCUGUGGCUCACUAUGGGCCCUAAGUAGCUACUUGGAAUGCUGCAUGCUGGGAGCUGUAGUCUUCAUAGGCUGCACCUUAGUACCGAAGAGGAGGGUAGGCUACAGUCUGCUCUAUUCUGUGCACCUUGGCGGUGGCCCUUGGAAAGCACCCUAGCAAACGACUAGUGCUGCCCUCAUGUGAGCAAAGUCUGAGCUCCAUGACAAGUAAGGACUGGUCCCUCUAGAUGUCAAAUCAGGGUUUGUGAGGCAGGCAGGGAGGGGAUUGAGCACCAGGGUAGCUGCCUCCCCUCUCCCAACCCCUUCACACAGUGCUUGAUCCAGCAUGGGCUUCUUGCAGCUGUGCUCAGACUGGAGUUGGCAAGAGAGGCUUAAUCAGAGCGAUCGUUUCUAAGCAAGGGGCUACACACUUUUGGUGACUGCUGUCUUUCCUACAGCAGGGCAGUGCCCGUGCUCCGGGAGUCAUGAGAAAAGAAUCUGUUGUUCUGUCGUUUCCUCAUCCGGUGAACACACAGGCCUCUGAUCAGAACUGCUCUUUCCUCCGUGCAGGUCUUUGCUUCCCUGAACGCCUGGGCCUCAAAUUGGGGAUCAGGCAAAGGGCGCCGGCCCCAGCUAAUAUCAUCUAAACUUCCCAGCCCUUUGUUUUCUUUUGUCGGUGAGGAGAAAGGGCUUUGAGAGGGAGGGAGGUGAUAGUGCUGAGUGAUUUGCGGAGGACAGGUGGCCUGUAGAUAAGGCACAAGACUGAAUGUCAAAGCCAGGUUCGAUUCUUAGCUCUGCCACUGACUCACUGUGUGACCUUGGGUGGACUCCUCCGCUCCUGUAUGCCUUCAUUUCCACCAUCUGUAAAAGUCCCUGUUGUGAGGCCUUGCAUAAAGCACCUUGAGAUCCCUGGAUCUGUGGAGCUGUACAAACGCAAGGGAAUGCUAUGAAGGGUUACAAAUGAUUCCAAAGCUGGGGAGACAGAUGUCUAGCAAACCGACUGGAAAACCCCACCUAUAAUCCACCUGGCUUGCAUCUAAGUUCUUGCAUUAUUAUCCCCAUUCCUUGAUUCAGUCUCAUGCACUUUGUGCCUGCUGCAUUUAACCUAGCUGCAUGCUUUUCAUUUUCAUCCUCUCCAUGGCUCUGGUGCCGGUUUGAUCAUCAUUUGGAGCUAGCAUUGAGAGAGAGUGAGAGAGAAAGAGAGGACUGUUGUUCUUGCCUUAGAGUGCUGGAGAUGCUUUGGACGGCCCUAGCACAAGAAGACAAACCAAAGUCCAGACUGCAGGCGGCAGGUAGCAUUUCGUAGUCAAGGAAGGGCUGAGCAGUAAAGACGCUACGAUGCAGCUUGAUUUCAAUUCUCUGCUCACUCACACCUUUGUGUGUCCAGCAGGUUUCAGUAGGCUGUGUUGAGAGAACUAAGUGUCAGUGUAACCAAUACUAGACAGAUCACUUGGCACAAUUAUUGUGUAAGUCCUCCUAACUGGGUUAGUAAUUACAUAGGGUUUACUUGAUUAAUGCCCUGUAGCUACUUCCUUGCGUGCUCCCAACAUUGUUUUGUCAUUACACUUGGCCAAUGGCAUCUGUGACUUAA